UUCAAAAUUUUAAAUUUCUUGCUGUGAUUGGCAAGAAAAAAAAACCAGUUGACUAACGGUGAUUUUUAAAAAAGUACAUUAAAUAGGCAGUUUCCACUUAGUAUUUCUACUUUCUCACGAAGUUUUUGCCUUUGUUUCAUAUUUGAAACCUGUAAUAACGGCCACCUCUUAACAGCGACCAAGUUUUCAGGAACUCUUUCUUUUUAAAAUACAUCCAAAAUAACCUCCAAACAACGGACAUUUUUUUUAUGUUCCCUUACGCAGGCAUGAAAUCUUCUGCCAGCUCCACCUAUAACGGAUUUGCUUACGAGGCUACCUGUCCGGACGUCAGAAAACCAGUUGUGAUUGGUCGAAUGUUGCAGGUGAGGGUCGCAGCGCGGAGAGCACUCAGUAACGCUUGGAGUCUAGACUAGAAAAGCAGCCAUGGCGACGACACCAAUCUGUCGUUGCCGAGUGUUAUACCUGGGUUCAGCUGUACCUCACAUUACUAAAGACGGUCUUCAGGGCAUACAAGAACCAUUAAGAGAUCUUUAUCCCGAACACGGACCCUUCACCGCCCACGGGAUAGAUUCCUGGCUCAGCGUGUGGAGUAAUGGAAUUUUACUUGAAAACGUCGAUGAAUCUAGGCGUGAAUUAUCAAGAUUUUUUGAUAUCUCUACGCUUCACUACUGUGCGGCAGUUAGAUACGUCUUAGUUUCCGAGAACGAUGGUGGAAAAGUGGAAAAGUUCCUCCCACUAGAUAGCCCGUUCGCUCGACACGCCAAUCUUAAUCAUCCUCCUUUAUUUGCGUGCAUUUUGAGACGAACCGAAGGGAUAAAAGUGCUAGAGUGUCACGCUUUCAUCUGCAAAAAAGAAGCAGCCGCCAAUGCUCUCGUACGCUCUUGUUUUCAUGGAUACGCAGACAGCGUUUAUGCCAGACAAAUAGAAGAGAAUCCCUAUUUACUAGAUCGCCCGAGUUUAAACACAAUGGACAAAGUAACAGCGUGGAAGCAUAAAAAUGGCCGAACUGAUCCGUUACCUAGUGAAAAUUACAAAAUAUGGUCUGGCAGGCCGCAAACCGAACGCGAUUUAGUAUACGUAGAUUCUACGGGGACCAUUAGAAGUGUUAAAUCUGUACGCUCGUUAACGUCCAAGCCUAGACAGAUGUUAUCACCACCGAAACCACCUUCGACGCCAUCAUUGAUAUCCAGUAAAUCUAGUAAAGGAAGCAAAAGAUUUCUUAAAGGUAAAUCAAAAAAACACGAUCAACCGAUUAACGGUUACAGAACGAUGCAUCCUGUACCUGUACCUAAUAUUUAUGCCGGUUCGGGUUUAUAUACCGAGAGGAUAGUUAAGAGACCCGAUCGUCCACCAUUGUCCAGUAUAGAGGAGCCCGCUUACAUUCCAUCUACUACUAGACCUAUGAGCCCUACUGCUUCUUACCAACCUUCUGUAUUUCCUCACGAACAAUAUUUUCGUAAUGGUUCUUCGAUUAGAGAGAAGAAGAACGAAGAAAGUGUCGAUGGUAAAGAAUUAGAAUCGUUAUUCAAUACAGGUAUUUAUAGGAAGAAAGGACACUUAAACGAACGUGCCUUUUCAUUUUCCAUCCGCCAAGAGCAUAGAUCUCGUUCUAACAGCCUAGCAAAUCUACAUUUCUUUCCAAAUUCCGAUCGUGAAUCAGUCGGUGGUGAUCAGAGGAUAGAAGAUAGGAAGGAAAGAGAAUUGGCUCAAUUAGUUAGUGAUCUCAACUUAAAAGACCAUCAUAAUGGAUCAGUGGAUACUAAUUUCAUCCGAAAGAAGCCUCCUAGUUUUCAAAAAUAAGAUAAUUACAAGAAAGAAAUAACCAUUAAGAAGAGGAAGGACAAAAAUUCUUAAAUGGACAUCAAAUUUUAAAAUAUCUUAUUAAAUUUGUAUAGUAUUUGUUAUAUUUGCUCAUUAAGAAAUUCCUAAAAUUCGAUUUAUAAUGCUAUCAAGUCAGGAAUAAUUGUCUUUAUGGAAGAAACAAGAGAAAAAAAAAUGGCUCAAAAUCACUUCUAUCUUCAAGAUUACAACAACAAAGAAUGCCAAAAUAAUUUUAUUUGUAAGUUUUGUUUUAUGUAUAACUAAUAAAAAACCAUCAUUUUUUUUUUGAAUUAUUAUUAUUUAAAUUUCUCUUUGUGUACUUUUGUUACAACGUUAAUUAAGCAUUAACUAAGUCUUCUACCUACAGUCAUCACAAUACGACUUAUA